UUCCAGGUGUGCUGGAGGGAUGCGCACUGCCGUCCGGGCGAAGCCGCCGUCGGGUCAAGCUAGUCCGGAACCCCUUUUGUUGGCCUCUUACCUGCCCCAGCUCUUCUCCGCCACCGGAGGCAGCUGCAGCUGCAGCGACGCUGAGGCUCUUCGACACACGUCCCUGGGGGGAAAGGCUGUUUGCACUGGGUGGUAUCUAGGUCAGGUCAGAUAAGGAGAGCCUUGUGCCUGGGGUCUCCCGGGGAACCACCUCCCCCGGGCAGGUCAGAUGAGAGCGCCCUGGGGACGGCGCUUCGAAGUUGCUGCGGCCCCUUCUGCCUCUCCAGGGGCUGCCCGACUGCGGGUUUGCGCUGCGAUUGCGCUGCGAUUGCGAGCUUCUCGGAACCGGAGCGGGUCAGGUUGGGAUGCUGCAAAGCUUGCUGCUGUUCCUACAGCUGCUCUUCUUGAGUGAACAUUCCCUAGAUGGCUUUAAGUCUUUGGCUGAUCUCCAGGGCUCUGAAAGCAUGCAUUCUGACGUUCCCCAGUGUGCUUGCUGCUCCAUUUUCACUGAUGCCACUCAGUCCAUGUCCUUUUAUUUCUUUUAUUUUUUAUUUUUAAGCUUUUAUUUUUUCAUGAGAGACACACAGAGGCAAAGACGCAGGCAGAGACAGAAACAGGCUCCCUGUGGGGAGCCCGACUUGGGACUUGAUCUCGGAGCCACCCAGGAGUCCCCAGUCCGUGUCCUUUUAACAGAAUUAUCGAUGUGGUUGGAUCACAUCAACCAUCUUGCUCUUUAUUUUAUUAUUUUUUUUAAAGCUUUUAUUUAUUCGUGAGAGACACAGAGAGAGGCAGAGACACAGGCAGAGGGAGAAGCAGGCUCCCUAUGAGGAGCCCAGUGGGGGACUUGAUCCCCGGACCCUGUGGUCACGACCUGAGCCAAAGGCAGAUGCUCACCACUGAGCCAUCCAGAUUUCAUCUGCUGCCUGUGGCUAUGGAUUCACAUUGCUCUCUUCUAAAACUAAGGAUGUGACGAAAGUUUGGGGUAUGGGGCUCAACAAAGAUUCCCAGCUUGGAUUUCACAGGAGCCACAAAGAUAAAACCCGGGGAUAUGAGUAUGUUCUGGAGCCCUCACCUGUCCCACUGCCUCUAGACAGACCCCAGGAGACACGGGUGCUGCAGGUCUCCUGCGGCAGAGCCCACUCUCUUAUCCUGACAGACUGCGAAGGAGUCUUCAGCAUGGGAAACAACGCUUACGGGCAAUGUGGAAGAAAUGUGGUCGAAAAUGAAAUUUACAGUGAAAGUCACAAAGUCAAUAGAAUGCAGGACUUCGAUGGACAGGUGGUCCAGGUGGUUUGUGGCCAGGACCAUAGCUUGUUCCUGACGGACAAAGGAGAAGUCUACUCUUGUGGCUGGGGUGCUGAUGGGCAAACAGGUCUAGGUCACUACGAUAUCACCAGCGUGCCCACCAAGCUGGGCGGAGACCUGGCUGGAGUGAAUGUUGUGCAGGUGGCCACCUAUGGUGACUGCUGCCUGGCCGUGUCUGCUGAGGGUGAUCUCUUCGGUUGGGGGAACUCUGAGUAUCUGCAGCUGGCCUCCGUCACUGACUCCACACAGGUGAAUGUCCCUCGGUGCUUACCCUUCUCAGGAGUGGGGAAGGUGAAGCAGGCUGCGUGUGGCGGUACAGGCUGUGCUGUGUUAAAUGGAGAAGGACAUGUUUUCGUCUGGGGCUACGGGAUUCUUGGGAAAGGCCCAAACCUUGUGGAAACUGCAUUUCCAGAGGUGAUCCCACCCACUCUCUUCGGCCUGACGGAGUUCAACCCGGGAGUCCACGUUUCUCAUAUUUGGUGUGGUCUCAGCCACUUUGCUGCCCUGACCAGCAAAGGAGAGCUGUUUGUGUGGGGCAAGAACAUCCGAGGGUGCCUUGGCAUUGGUCGCCUAGAAGACCAGUAUUUCCCAUGGAGGGUGACGAUGCCUGGGGAGCCUGUGGAUGUGGCGUGUGGUGUGGACCACAUGGUGACUCUGGCCAAGUCAUUUGUCUGAAGCCUCGCCCAGCCCGCGGGAGCCCGGAACCCGGCCUCAGAACCACCGGGGCUGCUCAGCAGAGGCCCCUGCGGGGGCUCCGCGCCCUUGGUGAAGCGAGAUGCUCUCUGCCAUGCCCUGAGCAGGAAGAGGCUGCAGGUCUGGGGACUCAGGCCCCUCUAGCCGAGGGUGAGACCCGCCGUUUUCAUCGCAGGAUGGCUGUCCUUGUCAGGCCUGGCACCAGUGACAGGAGUCCUGGGCUGUGUGGCCCCAGCAGAGCGAGGAACCUCCGCACGUCUCAGCCCUUCCAGGACCGUGCGACGGCUCCCCAAGGCCCAUCGGACUUGAGGAGCUCCUCUGAGGGCAGCCUGGCCAUUUUGUUUGAUCUUAAAGGUGGCCUCAGAAUCGAGUGGCCGGGAGGGCUUCUGUAGGCCUCCAGCACGGCAGAGCUCAGGGUAGGAGUGCGGGCGGCUGCGUGGGCUGCGUGGGCAGUGGGGAGAGCCCCGGCGCGGCUGCGGGAGCCAGGCUUCAGGCCCCCGCAGGAGUUAGAGCGAGGCCAGCCUCUCGUGACUGAGCACCCCCCGCGGAAGCUUGGCUGGAGGGCCACCCUUGGAGGAGGGAUUCAAACAUUGUGGAAAACAUGUGAGGUAGUAACAUAAACUUGGCCUUUCAUUUAAAAACAUCUUUUAAAAAUCUCUUUUGGAAUAAAGUCUAUUUUCUGCCUUUUUA